UUGUUGAUUUUUCGUCGCUUUUUGGAUGAUUUUGCAGAUGCAAGAGGUUGAAUCGCUUGGUUCUUCAUCCUUUGGUUCUGUCUAAAGCCGGACCGAAGGCAUUUGCAGUUAGAAUGGAAAAAUGGUGCGAUUCCGCUCACCGUUUUCUCAAACGCUGCGUUGACGCCGGUAACUCGGAAGCGAGUUACACGCUCGGAAUGAUCCGAUUUUAUUGCUUGAGAAAUCGAGGGAGUGGAGCUUCUUUAAUGGCUAAAGCAGCGAUUAAAUCUCACGCUCCGGCGCUAUACUCGCUCGCCGUCAUUCAAUUCAACGGCAGCGGUGGCUCUAAGAGCGACAAGGAUCUCCAGGCAGGUGUAGCCCUCUGUGCUCGAGCCGCUUUCCUCGGCCAUGUGGACGCACUUCGAGAACUUGGCCACUGCCUUCAAGACGGUUACGGUGUGCGACGGAACUCAGACGAAGGCCGCCGGCUUCUCAUCCAAGCCAACGCUCGUGAGCUUGCUGCCGUUCUACUCUCCUCCUCGAGGGUACGGCAACAGCGCCACCACCAGUUCGGCAACCUCCCGGAUUUGACGGCGACGCGUUGUUCAUUGUUGAGCGAUUUCGGCUGUGACUUUCCUGCGACGGAGCCACAUCCGGUGAACCUGUUUUUGAGAGAAUGGUUCGAAUCAGAACGUGGAGUGGCUGCGCGUGUGGGGCUGAGACUUUGCUCGCACGGCGGAUGCGGUCGGCCGGAGACUCGGCCGCACGAGUUCCGACGGUGUUCAAUUUGUGGCACUGUAAAUUACUGUUCAAGAGGAUGCCAAGCUCAGGACUGGAAAGUCCGGCACAAAGAGGAGUGUACAGCCGUUCAGCGGUGGCAGGAUGCGGAGGUUGACAACGCCGGCGGCGGCAUAUUUAAUGCUGUAGAAGAGGUUGAGGACGCCAACGUCGUGGGUACUGUAUAAAAUCGUAACAGCGCUGUAAUUUGAGUUUUUAUUUAUGGAUAUAAAUGUAAUUUUAGUAUACAAUUUUAUUUUCCCUCA